GAUGUCCGGUUGUGGGAUUUUCCUGUGUUCUAUUUAUAGUAACAUCUAGGUGGUGGGAAGCGUUUAGUUGUUCAACAUUUCUUCGAACACUUCAUCUGUACAGUCAGAUCUUCCCUGAAGCUAGCAGAAGUCACACAACUAACCAACAUGGCAGAAAAAGAAAUUCUGGACAUCUUCAAACUAGAUACAGUUCAGGAUGAUGAGAUUCUCCGACAGCUCUAUGGGGAGGCUAGUGAAGGAGCAUCACAAGAAGCGAGUCUUCAGGCUUGGCUGUCACUGCUACCUGGCAAUAUCUCUGCUAUGAUCCAGCUAGCACUGCGUCAGGAGCGACCAUUCCUUCUACCAGGUGUCACCCCAGAGAUGAUGGCAGAAACCAAUGACACUCUACCAUGCAUGAACCAUAUUGAGAUUCUCUAUAGAUGCAUAGCGAAAGCAGCAGUAGCAGACAUGGACACCAUGGCAGCACUCAUCUAUGUGGUAGACCGAGCUGCAUACAGGUUUGGGGCCUCCAGGGCCCUGCUGCAGGUCUUGAACAUCCUCCUGGACAGAGCGCCCCACACACCAGUGGCACCACAGGUCAUCAUCAGGAAGGCCCGGGUGAUGAAGGACGAUGGUGACCUUCAUGGAGCUGUCCGAGUGCUGGACGCUGUCAUAACAAGGGACAGUGUGUGGGACUAUAGAGAUGAUGACCAAUACAACAAUGUCAAGGCUGUUUGUGUGCAGAUCAAGGGUCAUAUUCUUCACAAUCUAGGAAUGUGGAAAGACGCCAUUGAGCCCUUGGUAGAAUCGGUUGACUCUUUUAACAAGAUCCAUGAUGACAAGGGAACAUCAUCUUCCCUUGGGCUUCUGACCAAAUGCCUGAAGAAGCUUACGAUGGCUGACUACAAUGAAAUGAAACAAAAGUACCCUACAAUGUUCUCCCAGUCUCAUCCCUGCUAUGAGGCCUAUGUCAAGGGAAUGGAUGCCGUCAAGUACAUCGUAGACCUGGGACAGACACUCUAUGUUGCCAAACACCAACUUGUUGCUGAGGAAUCCUUGCUGAUGUUUGCUCUUCAGAAGCCACCUUCUUUGAGAGAGUUCAUGUGGUUCCAGACCAUUGUGGCAGACAUCAAGAAAACUCUCGCUACACAUGAAACUGUCAGCAAUCUCAAGAGUCUGGAAACAUAUUUUGAGUUUGUGAAAGCAAUUUUCCUGAUUCAUUUGACCUUAUACUUCUCUCCCUUUCCUCAAGACCGUUCAUUAUCCAAGUACCUGGAGCAGGUCAGUAUUGAGCUGUACCGCCAUCUUUGUUCUUGUCAGACCAGACGUCAACUUGUGACAAACUUGGAACAUACCAGGAACUCUGUGUCUUUCAUGAAUGCAUCUCUUGGCAUCCUGGGAUUGCCCAUGCUACAGGGCACUGAUAGUGUCUCGGUGAAUGUGGAAGUGUCAUCACCAGCAUCAGACGACUCCUCUGACAAAACACAAGGGAAAGCAGAUACCGUUAAAGAGUCAUCAAAAGCAGAUCAAAUGUCAGAUAAAGCAGGUACAGUUCCUGCUGUGCAGAAUCCUUUAGCACCUGCUUCCAUACAGAAUCCUGGCACAUUUCCAGGAGCUGUAAAGAGUCAGAACCCCAAAGCAACAGACCUAUAUUCAAGGAAGUAUAUAGGACUAACAGUAGAUGCAUCUUCAUUCUCAACAACCUCAGGUUCUUCUAGUCAGUCUGGAUCAGAUGGGACUUCAAGCAAGGAUCCAGAACUUGUGAAUCUAUCGGUCAUCUCCGUUAGUGCCACUAUGGAGAAAUUUAACAUUCUUGAUUUAAAUUCAGGCUCAGAAAUUUUGGGUGCAUUUAAUGACAAGAAUACUGCACCUGCUACCCUAAUUUCUGGUCAGACUUCCCAUAGAAACAAGACAACUUCUACCUCUGCUUCUUCAGAUAAAUCAUUGACGGACAGUUCAGCCUCCAGGAAGUCCACUUCCUCCAGUUCAGGAUCAGCUGGCCUGUCCUCCGCUUCUACUUCUUCCUCUAGAGUCUCCGGAGAGUCUGGGUUUAGUUUCUCCCCAUCUCCCACCCAGCAUAGCUCCAGUGAAUCCUCCACCUCUUAUGUGGACUUGUCAGCCACCACAGAAGAGUGGCAUAAUCUGACUGAUGAGACGGGUGAGUUAUCUCCCCUAGUGGAUCUGAGUUCCUCCACAGUAAACAGCUCACUAGAGGGCCUUCACUUCGGGCACAGUGUUGAAACAAGGAGUGCUGAGGAGUACCUGGAGCAUUGGGAGCCGCCCACAGUGGAUGAGACUAUCAAAGUAAACAAGGCCCUGUUGCUGACCUACAACCCUGUGACAGGGGACUGGCUGUCUCAGAGUACACUCGUACACAGGGGACAGGAACUGGACCUUGGAGGCAACAGGAAGGGCAACUGUCGAGAGGUGUUCGAGGUCUACUUCCUCCAUCAGGAUGAACCACUGGGCAGGUAUGUGUGCAAGCGGUACUGGCAGCAGCGCCCUGCCCGGUACUACCAGCAGGACGUGGUGUGUCAGAUGAUGGCCGGCUACUACGUGACCAGGUUUAACCAAGCCCUCCACAACCACCACAGCAACAUCCAGAUGCAGUUUUUGCCGGCUGCCCAUCUUCAGCUCCUGACGCCGGAUGGGCUACUGGAGGACUGGGUGAACGUGGAGCCGUACCUCCAUGGCGACUUCAUCAAGCUCACCAACAACCUGGCCUUCUCUAAGAAGGGGCAUCACGGAGAGGAGCUGGCCACGGCCUUGACCCACUUCUCCUACUGCGAGUCCCAGGGAGUGUUGAUGAUUGUGGACAUCCAGGGCUGGUUCCCUAGGGAAGGGAGCGGCAUCAUCUACCUUACUGACCCCCAGUUCCACACAAAGGGGGUGCGCAGGUUUAGUCCUGCAGACAAACAGGAUGAAGGAAUGACCCUGUUUUGGUCCAAGGUGCACCCUGAGUGUAACAGUAUCUGUUCAAGUCUCGGACUCACCAGACCACAGCAGUAGAUGACUUGCUCUGGGCAAUGUGAAGGAGGAAACAUCUUCAAUAGUGAAAAAUUUCAAAAUUUAACUUUUCUUUUGGACAAAUGAAUGUUUAUUUCUUCGUAAACAAUCUGUCCCUGGCCUGGGCAGUUCCAUACAUCAGUAAGAUAUGAUGUGAAGAUGUCCGUGUACAUUGACCCAUAUACACAAGUUCAGAGUAACAUUGUCUUCAUAGGCCCAUGUAUUUUUUAAAUACUAGUUGACAAAUAUUUCAUCUACACACUUAGUUUCUUUACAUUUGUUCAUCAGUGCAAAGUAUCCUAUGUACAUAAAAUAACUUCAAAUGCAACCAGCUACAUCUCUUGAAGUGCGACAUUGAUGCUGUUAUCAUUUUUUGUGUGUUGAAUGUCAUCCCAGCUGUCUUCAAUGACACCUGGUCCCUAAUGAGCAUGUAUGUCGAGUGUGUCUACAGUAAAGGUUCCUAAUGAGCAUGUAUGACGAGUGUGUACUACAGUAAAGGCCCCUACUGAGCAUGUAUGUUGAGUGUGUACUACAGCAAAGGCCCCUACUGAACAUGUAUGACGCGUGUGUACUACAGUAAAGGUCCCUACUGAGCAUGUAUGACGAGUGUGUACAACAGUAAAGGUCCCUACUCAGCAUGUAUGAUGCAUGUGUACUACAGCAAAGGCCCCUAAUGAGCAUGUAUGAUGCAUGUGUGCUACAGCAAAGGCCCCUACUGAGCAUGUAUGAUGCGUGUGUACAACAGUAAAGGCCCCUACUGAGCAUGUAUGAUGAGUGUGUACUACAUCAAAGGAUCCUACUGAGCAUAUAUGACGCGUGUGCACUACAGCAAAGGCCCCUACUGAGCAUGUAUGACGAGUGUGUAAUGCAGCAGAGGCCCCUACUGAGCAUGUAUGACGAGUGUGUACUACAGUAAAGGCCCCUACUGAGCAUGUAUGACGCGUGUGUACUACAGUAAAGGCCCCUACUGAGCAUGUAUGACGAGUGUGUAAUACAGUAAAGGCCCCUACUGAGCAUGUAUGACGCGUGUGUACUACCGAGCAUGUAUGACCACCAGUCUGUCCCUGUCACCAUCAACAUAUUGGAGUGAGUGACCACACCAGUCAAUACUACACCUACCACUAUGUACUGGUUUGCCUGUUUGCACGAUGAACACAGUGCAGGAAAUUAGUCUCACUUUGAAAACUCAUGGUGAUAGCCCAGCUGUAUAGUAUUUCAUGAUAAAAAACAAACAUUAAUUAUUUAUUUGUACAAUGAUAUUUAUUGAGAUCAACCUACUGCUGAAAACUACAGUCAGCCUAGUGUAGCUAUAUAAAUCUCAUUUUGUUUGCAAUUUCAACUCAUUUCUAAUAUCCAUGGUAACGGUCCUCUGCGCUAGAAAAAUACCACUUUAUACAUGUACAAUGUUCAUAAAACUCCAGUUCCAAAUAUACAGGUGUCCAUGCCAACAGGUGAGUAUUAGAGAUUUAGAAUCUUGUAACAACAGUGCCAUUAUUCCAUGCAUAGGAAUUAUCCAUGGGCUGAGGGCUGAGAUGAGAGGUGUGCAAUGGCAGGAACUUUAUAAAACCAACAACGUUGAUGUCAGAUGAAAUGCAGUCAACAAUGAAGUAAUCAAUAAAUAUUGUAUGUUGAUGAGAGCAAUUUUCAAAAGCAUGACUUAGAUGAUGGGUGAGGCCCCUCUUCUCGACCCUCAUUAUGAGCUUGCCCAAUGAUGACUGUGAAGCAGGUCCCUCAGGAGUAGCAACAUACACACUUCUGUCUUACAUCUCAACAGCACGGAUGUCUCAAAAUACGAUGGCUCAAUGAAAUGAUUCUCCAUCACAGUUUCAAAGAUACAGUAUGAUGAUACGGCAAGUUUUCAAAAAUACUUUGUUCACUGAAAAUGACUUUUUCAAGGA